AAGCCACGUAAGCCUCAGCAGUCAGCAGCCAACUCUUACAUUUCACAUUUCGUCACUCGACGAGGCAAGUCAGUGAGUUGACCCUUGUCGUGACACGUCCGCCUCUCACCUGUGGUGCAAACAUUGUGGCGAAAUGGCGACAUACGCCGAAUUCAUUCAAAGUCAAGAAGAUCGGGACGGGGUUCGUUUAAGUUGGAACGUUUGGCCGAGUAGCAAAUUAGAAGCUACACGACUGGUCGUUCCCUUAGGAUGCCUUUUCACACCUCUAAAGGAACGGAAUGACCUUCCUCCAAUUGCGUACGAUCCCGUAUUGUGCACUCGUGGCAAUUGUCGAGCAAUUUUGAAUCCAUUAUGUCAAGUGGACUACAGAGCAAAGUUCUGGGUGUGCAAUUUUUGUUUUCAAAGGAAUCCUUUCCCACCGCAGUAUAAUCAAAUGACCGAGCAGUGUCAACCGGCAGAACUUAUACCUCAAUUUUCAACAAUCGAGUAUACAAUCACAAGAGUUCAGGUCCCUCCACCCGUGUUUCUGUACGUCGUCGACACCUGUCUUGAUGAUGAUGAAUUGGUGGCAUUGAAGGAGUCGCUUCAACUCAGCUUGAGUCUCCUCCCACCAAAUGCUCUCAUUGGAAUCAUUACGUUCGGGAAAAUGGUUGCAGUGCAUGAAAUUGGAGGUGGAAAUGAAGGAAUUAGCAAAAGUUUCGUGUUCAAAGGCACAAAAGACCUCACUGCGAAACAACUGCAAGAAAUGUUGGGGCUGACGAGAGCUGUGGUUCAACCUGGUGGAGGCCUACAGCAAAGACCAGGAGGUCAACCUGGUGGUGGUCCACAGCAACAUCAACAUGUCCCAGUCAACAAAUUCCUUCAGCCAUUAUCUGCAUGCGACAUGCAAGUUACGGAUUUAUUGGGUGAAUUGCAAAGAGAUCCGUGGACUGUGCCUCAAGGGAAGAGAGCACUGCGGUCAACUGGAGUAGCAUUAUCAAUUGCUGUCGGAUUAUUAGAGAAUUGUUAUCCAGGGUCUGGAGGAAGAAUCCUACUUUUCUGUGGUGGUCCUUGCUCCCAAGGUCCUGGCCAAGUGGUGGACGACGAGUUGAAACAUCCCAUUAGAUCGCAUCACGACAUUGAGAAGGAUAACGCGAAAUAUAUGAAGAAAGGGGCGAAACAUUAUGAACUCCUCUCUUCUCGAGCUGCCGCGAAUGGUCAUGGAAUCGAUAUCUACUCUUGUGCUUUGGAUCAAACUGGAUUGUUGGAAAUGAGAUUUUGUUGCAAUAUGACUGGUGGCCACAUGGUAAUGGGAGACAGUUUCAACUCAACUUUAUUCAAACAAACCUUUCAACGCGUUUUCAACCGUACUGAAAAGAAUGACUUGAAAAUGGCUUUCAACGCCACCGUGGAAGUGAAAUCAUCCCGUGAACUGAAAGUCUGUGGUGCUAUCGGUGCCUGUGUCAGUCUGGGGGUGAAAUCAGGCUGCGUUGCAGAAACUGAAAUGGGUGUUGGAGGGACGUGUCAAUGGAAGUUUUGUGUCAUUGAUCCUAGCACAACAGUCAGCAUGUUCUUUGAAAUUGUUAAUCAGCACGGCGCACCCAUACCUCAAGGCGGUCGAGGAUGCAUCCAGUUCAUUACACAAUAUCAACAUGCAACUGGACAACAGAGAGUUCGUGUCACAACUAUAGCUAGAAAUUGGGCCGAUGCUACAGCCAACUUGUACCACAUUUCUGCCGGUUUCGAUCAGGAAUGUGCCGCAGUAUUGAUGGCUCGUUUGGCCGUGUUCAGAGCAGAGUCAGCUUCUGAUGAAGGUUCCGAUGUGCUUCGUUGGGUGGAUAGAAUGUUAAUUCGCAUCUGUCAGAAAUUUGGGGAAUACAACAAAGACGACCCUGGAAGCUUUAGAUUAGCGGAAAAUUUUACACUCUACCCUCAGUUUAUGUUUCAUCUCAGAAGAAGUCAAUUUUUGCAAGUUUUCAACAACUCUCCAGAUGAGACCACAUUCUACAGAACCAUGCUGAACCGGGAAGAUCUUACACAAUCCUUAAUAAUGAUACAACCCAUCCUCUACAGUUACAGCUUUAACGGGCCCCCAGAACCAGUUUUGCUUGAUACGUCUAGCAUUCAACCCGACCGAAUUUUGCUCAUGGACACAUUUUUCCAAAUUUUAAUCUUCCAUGGCGAGACGAUUGCCCAAUGGAGAGCAGCUGGGUAUCAGAACUUGCCAGAGUAUGAUAAUUUUCGACAACUUUUAGAAGCCCCAGUUACGGAUGCACAAGAACUACUACAAAACAGAUUUCCUGUCCCUCGAUAUAUUGACACUGAACAAGGGGGCUCCCAGGCUCGUUUCCUCCUCUCCAAAGUCAACCCAUCGCAAACGCACAAUAACAUGUAUGCCUAUGGAGGAAGUAUGCCCGUACCAAACCAGCAAUUUACUGGGGAGGGAGGAGCACCUGUUCUGACUGAUGAUGUAUCGUUGCAAGUCUUUAUGGAGCAUCUUAAAAAGUUGGCAGUUUCCUCAACUGCAUAAAUAUUAUAUAAAUUGCAAACACAUUUAUUUACUUACUACCUGUCUCCUAUUUAAUACAUAAUAAGUAAAAUGAUAUCAGAUUAUUUGUAGUGUGAAAUUUUGAAUAUUAUUCCCUAAUUUUCAACUAGUUCCUUAAGAUUUCAUUUAUUCUAUGUAUCGGAUCAAACUUUAAUCUAAAAUUCAUAUUUAUGUAACCCUAAGCCCUAAACAUUGUAUUUAUCAAGUCUUUUGCAUUGAUAAAUUAAUAAAUAAAGUAAAAAUAGCAAUCUUUGAAUUUUGA